CAAAAUAUAACUGACGUGUCCUACCAUACAAAUAACGUGGCAAUCGGUUACUGUCAGUAGUUGUGAAAGUUUCGUUCAAAUAUCGAGUACUUGAAUGUAUCAUAUUAGUAUAUUUACUCUUAUCUAUUUUGACAAGGUAUACAAUUAUUAUAAUUAAAUUCGAUUUAUAGGAGAAAAAUUCUCGAUCUGUCAGUGACUUGAACACGUCAUUUAAGGUUAUAUGUGCAAUGAACAUUGCAUUAGGUUGCCACGUAAGUCUACAGGAAAUAUUAGUGUUUUCAAUAACACGUUAAAAAUUUUCCCCUUUUUGUUGUGAUAUUUCGAUACAUUAAAUUUCUACGAUGGGAACAAAUUUAAGAAGGAAAAUUGAAAAAAACGAUGCUAUGGAAGAAGGUGUCGCAGAACACAAUCACAUUCAUGACAAAGCUGAUAUACGUGGAGAUGAGAAAAAUAUAGCUAUUCUUUUUUUCCUAUAUCUGUUACAAGGAAUACCUCUCGGUUUAUGUGGCUCUAUUCCUAUGUUAUUGCAAAAUCGAGGUGUAUCCUAUCGGCAACAGGCGGAAUUCAGUUUUGUACAAUGGCCAUUUUCGUUAAAACUAUUUUGGGCACCAAUAGUAGAUUCUGUGUUUUAUCAAAAGUUUGGACGCCGAAAAACAUGGCUGAUACCUACCCAAUAUUUGAUGGGUAUGUUUAUGCUAGUACUAUCUGGACAUGUUGAUCAUUGGCUGGGUAAAGAACAUGAAAAGCCAAAUAUUGAAAUGUUGACUGCAUUAUUUUUUGCUUUGAAUGUACUUGCUGCUACUCAGGAUAUUGUAGUAGAUGGUUGGGCUCUUACGAUGCUUAAAAGAUGUAAUGUAGCAUAUGCAUCAACAUGCAAUAGUGUUGGUCAAACUGCAGGUUACUUUAUAGGCUACGUUCUUUUUAUGGCAUUGGAGUCUGCUGAAUUUUGUAAUGGAUAUUUAAGAUCAGUUCCAUCAAAUGAAGGAAUUUUAACUUUACCUGGAUUUUUAUAUUUCUGGGGUUGGAUAUUUAUUAUUACCACGACAUUCAUUGCUCUCUUGAAAGGUGAAAAUAAAGAAAAAAUUGGUAAAGAUGAAGAGUUGAAUACAAAUAUUAGACAUGCAUAUAAAUUACUUUGGGAUAUUGUUAAAUUACCUUCAAUAAAAACAACAAUUUUAUUCUUGUUAACAGCAAAGAUUGGUUUUUCCGCUUGUGAUGCUGUAACAGGUUUAAAAUUAGUAGAAGCUGGUAUCCCUAAAGAAAAGUUUGCAUUAAUGGCAGUACCUAUGACACCGCUACAAAUAUUUCUACCAUUAGCUAUUUCUAAAUAUACUGUUGGUCCAAGACCUAUGGAUAUAUAUAUGAAAGCAAUGCCUUACAGGCUUGCUUUUGGACUAAUUGCAGCAUGUUUGGUAUGGAUCACACCAUAUAUUAUAAAUAAUGGACAAGUUCCAAUGUAUUAUUUUAUUAUAUUGAUUGUUCUUUAUCUUAUACAUCAGAUAUCUGCAAGUUGCAUGUUCGUAGCAUCUAUGGCGUUUUUUGCAAAAGUCAGUGAUCCUGCUGUUGGAGGUACUUACAUGACAUUAUUAAAUACGUUAUCUAAUCUUGGUGCAAACUGGCCUGCAACAGCAGCUCUUUGGUUUGUCGAUCCUUUAACACUUAGACAAUGUAGUACAGAUGCUUCCAAUGAUUGUAGUACACUUGCGGAAAAACAGUUAUGCACAAGUACUAAUGGUGGUACUUGCAUUAUGCAGCUUGAUGGAUAUUAUAUAGAAAGUUUACUUUGUUUAAUAAUAGGAUUCUCUUGGCUCAGAUGGGGUAAACGAAAAGUAAACUUUUUACAAGCUAGACCAAUAUCAGCUUGGAAAAUCAAUCUAACUCGACAAAAUAGAUAACACAAUGUAUCAGUGUUAAAAUUCAUUAAUGCUGUACCUGUAAUUAUUAGAAAAUAAUAUAAUGAUUUAAUGCGUAUAUAUCUACCACACGUGGUAUAUGUGCAUUCGUUACGUACUGCACAUUCAUGAAGUGUUCCAACUGUAUUAACUAGUAAUUGAAUGUAAGAAACUUUUCAUUAAUUUAUUCGACAGUUAAAUACAUUAUUGUGUAUACUUAUAUAAAUUUAUUAUAUAUUUUUACAUCAAUAAAAUAAAACCAUAUGGCACAAUA